CUCUAAACUGAUGUUGACCUACUUAAAUUUACUUUCGUUUCCUGCAGUGGUUUAUUAUGGUUAUACAAAUGUUGUAAAAUUUAUCUCACAGUCGCUUAUAUACUUAAAAUGAUGCAACAACGCGCUAAAUAUAUUUAUUUCAAAUUAUUUUACAACGGAAUGCUUUAAAUAAGCCUGGCAAAUGGAGCGAUCACCUCAUCAUGUCGAUUUUGAUUCAUGUUUAUUUUUGGCCAUGUGCUUUUGAAGUGAUCAGCUGUUGAUGGUUAAUAAUAUGAGUAAUAACAACUUCAUACAAAGGAAGAAUCAAGUUUCAUGAUGGUUCAGACAACAUGGGUAGCCUUGAUUCUAGGCUUCUGGUCAAGCCUGUAUCUGCUGGAUGCAUUUCUAAAGACUCAAACCUUGUCUGCCAGAAAAUACAAAGCUUGGUUGGACAGAACAGGGUUUUCUGUCUCAGUCUGCCAGCUGCGGUGGUACUCAACAUGGAUGAACCGAACAUUUGUGAGACUGGCCCAGUGGAGACCACAGUUUCUUCGCACCUGGUUCACUUGUGGCGUGUUCUUUGGCCUUGUGGCAAUGCUGGUCUCAGUCCUAUUGCUAACACUGAUGGUUUUCAACACAUUGAUUAGAAGCACGGUGGAGAAUCAAGUCCUCACUCCCAUUAUGCCAGGAGUGAAUUUGCCAACCAGCCAAAUCUCGUACUACUUUCUGACCCUCCUUGUUUGUGGAAUUCUGCAUGAAAUUGGGCACGCCAUCGCUGCUGUCAGGGAGCAAGUGCAUGUCAACGGGUUUGGACUGUUCCUGAUGUUCAUCUACCCGGGUGCAUACGUGGACCUGUCCUCCGAGCGUCUCCAGAUCAUAUCUCCCAUGCGGCAGCUGAGGAUAUACUGCGCGGGCGUUUGGCACAACUUCAUUAUUGUGCUGGUGGCCAUAGCAGUACUGUUCCUGUAUCCAUGGUUCCUCAUGCCGUUCUACACCACAGGGCAUGGCAUUGUGAUCACUCAUGUCACGGAGAACUCUGCCGUGUCUGGUCCACGGGGGCUGACAGUCCGGGACCCAGUAACUAGCCUGGGGGGCUGUCCGGUUACCAGCAUCAAGGACUGGAAUACCUGCAUUGCCGCCAGCAUUCGAGAACCGUCCUUGGGAAACUGCCUUCCUGUAUCCAUGAUAACUGAGCUGGAUACGUCUAGCAAGAAGAAGAUCGAUAAAGACACCAAGUCCUUGUACAUCGACUGCUGCAAUGAGACGAGUAGCACCCACCUGUGCUUCAUGUACCACACCAAGAAGAACCCUGACAACGUGUAUGCGUGUCUGCCAGCUCGCGCCACAACAGACCGGCCCAUCUGCAAGUUCCAAAGUGACUGCUACGCUCCCAACGUGGAGAUAUCGUGCGUGUAUCCCUCCGUGGAUAACCAGACAAAACUGCUGCGAGUCGUCCAUGGCCAUAAACCUCCGUUACUGUUCCUGGGUCAUCCACUGGACCUGCAUUAUUCUGUGAUACUGAGUAACUACAUUCCAAACAGUGCCCUGAUUCCAGUCAACCUACCAUAUGCCAUAGACACAUUUUGCAAAUACCUGAUCUCCCUGUCGGGGGCGCUGGUGAUUCUCAACGUGGUUCCCUGCUACGCCCUCGAUGGUCAGUUCAUAUGUCAGGGCUUCAUCGAGCUUACACUGCGCUCCACGAUUCCAGACAAGGAGGUCCGUGAUGCCAUAUUCUCCCUUGUCGUUCUCUUCGGGACCGUUCUGUUGGCCCUGAAUGUGACGCUGGCUAUGUGGGUACUGUUUGUGGGCUGAGACAGGGGGCGUGGCGGUGGAAAUUCUGGGGUUAAUUUUGUGGCAUUGAAAUGCUGGAGAAUGAGGAUCGUGGUUUGUUGAAAUUUGGUUUUGAAGGAGGAGGGAAUGUUUUGUGGUAUGAUUUAAAUGGAAAGUGAGGAUGUUUAAGUAUGAAGAUAUUGGACUUAAACGAAUGUUUUAUGGUAUAAAGUUACUUGAGUUGAGGUUGUUGUAGUGAUAUGAAAUAAUUUAAAUUUAAUGACAUUAAGUUUUACUGUUUGAAUUCAAUAAGGUUUGUAUGAAGGUAUUUUAAUUCUAUAGGGCUUAGUAUGAACGUAUAUGAAUUGAAUACCGAUUGUGAGAAAGUAUAUAAACUCAAUUACGAUUUAUUUGGAAGGUAUUGGAAUUAGAUGAUUUUUUAAUUAAAUGAAAGCAUUAGAAUUGCAGGAAUGAAGUUGGUGAUUUCAUGGGAUAUUGUUGUUAAUGCUGUGAGAUGAUUGAUAACAAUUCUUGGGUUAUUUAGUCAGAUUAAUGGGCUGGAUUUCCUUGGUCUUAUUAAUCAAUUUAAAUUCACAUGCAAAAAUUUGGGCUCGUGAUUGUUAUGCAUGUUAUGUGAUUUUGUUUCUGACACAUGCAGUGGAAGACUAUGUAUGUGCAGGUGUCAGAACUAGUCAGCAGCAGAGUAAUUCAAAUUACAACUUAUUUAUCUAGGACCUUCUAUUGUAAUAUUACAUGUGACCCUUACUCUUACAAUGCCAUUCCGUAUAGGGAGAUUGAGGUAGGUCAAAGAAAUGUACAUGUACACAAAUUUGGACUAGAGGAUCUUGUGGAAGGAAUAUUGGGGGAAGAAAGCAGAGCUCUUGUGAAAUGACAACCAGUUGCUGCUGACCAGGGAUAAGAAGUAGGAAAUGAGUAUGAUGAAAGAGGUGAAGGACGGGAAGAAAUGAGCUUCGAUCUGGGAAAACUGGGCUUAAUGCUUGUGCGUAAAUCGUUGUCCCAGAUUAGCCUUUGCAGUCUGCUCAGGCAAAUCAGGGAGGACACUUCGCCAAGACUGGAUUUUCACUUAGGAGAUACUUCCUUUUAGUGAAAAAUACUAUAAAAGCAGAAAAAGUCAACUGAUCACCCCAGGCUAAUUGGGUACCUCACGUUUUAUGCCCCCGGAUUGAAAGAUCGGGGGUAUAUUGUUUUUGGCCUGUCUGUCAUUGUCUGUGUGUGUGUGUGUGUGUCCCAAAACUUUAACCUUCGUCAUAACUUUUGCAAUAUUGAACAUAGCAACUUGAUAUUUGGCAUACUUGUGUAUCUCAUGCAGCUGCACAUUUUGAGUGGUGAAAGGUCAAGGUCAUCCUUCAAGGUCAAAUGUCAAAUAUAUGUGUCCCAAAACUUUAACCUUCUUCAUACCUUUUGCAAUAUUGAAACGUAGCAACUUGAUAUUUGGCAUGCAUGUGUAGCUCAUGGAGCUGCACAUUUUGAGUGGUGAAAGGUCAAGGUAAAAAUCAUCCUUCAAGUUCAAAGGUCAAUAAAAAAAAUCAAACUUUAACCAAAACUUUAACCUUCUUCAUAACUUUUGCAAUAUUGAACAAAGCAACUUGAUAUUUGGCAUGCAUGUGUAUCCCAUGGAGCUGCACAUUUUGAGUGGUUAAAGGUCAAGGUCAUCCUUCAAGGCCAAAGGUCAAUAAAAAAAAUCAAAACUUUAACCAACACUUUAACCUUCUUCUUAACUUUUCCAGUCAAGGUCAUCCUUCAAGGUCAAUUUUCAAAUAUAUGGCUUAAUUUAUUUAGUAACAUUGUCUUUCCUCUGACGCAUCUAACUUUAACCAAAACUUUAACCUUCAUAACUUUAACCUUCUUCAUAACUUUUCCAAUAUUGUACGUAGCAACUUGAUAUUUGGCAUCCAUGUGUAUCUCAUGGAGCUACACAUUUUGAUUGGUGAAAGGUCAAGGUCAUCCUUCAAUGUCAAUUGUCAAAUAUAUGGUAUCAGUAAUUUAGUAACAUUGUUUUUUCUCUGACACAUCUAACUUUAACCAAAACUUUAACCUUCUUCAUAACUUUUCCAAUAUUUAACGUAGCAACUUGAUAUUUGGCAUGCAUGUGUUUCUCAUGGAGCUUAACAUUUUGAGUGGUGAUAGGUCAAGGUCAUCCUUCAAGGUCAAAGGUAAAAAAAUAAUCAAAGCGGUGUAUUAGGGGGCAUUGUGUUUCUGACAAACACAUAUCUUGUUGCACAUGCUUUAAGCCCAGUUUUCCCUGAACGAGGCUGAAAUAAAAAGAUCCUAGUGACAGGUGUGUGUUUUAUGUUAUCUGCACAGCAAAAACAUGACAGUGCCCACUGUUGUAGUGGCAUAAUGGUGGCAGGUACUGUUAAAAAAGAUGAAAAGCUCAGAGUGGCCACAUUUUACAGGGCUCUUGCUGGAAAAUAUUUGGCUUUUUGCUACUAGUUUCAUUAUUUUGUAUUUGAAAAUAUCACCAAAAGUAAUGACCAUUUCGCAAUUAGUUCAAUAUUGUGGCAACGUUCUGGAAAGACGUGGCUUAAUUCAUGUGCCUUAAGUGUCAUUCCAGAUGAGUCUGUGCAUGCCACGCAGGCUAAUAAGUGAAGACACUUUCCCCUUUUAUGAAAAAAAAUCGUUCAUAGGAAGUCUCUUUAAAAGAAGGAGUCCGCCCUGAUUAGUGUGGGUGUACUGCAAACUGGAUUUAAUGCAUCUGUGUAACAUGUCAUUUGAGAUUCGCCUGUGCAAUCACACAGGCUAAUCAGUGACAAAACAGUUUAUAGAAUUUUAUAGAAUUUGUUGUUGAUAGUAAGUCUUUUUAAAAAAGAAAUUCCAGUUUAGGCAGACAGUAUCCUCCCUGAUUAGCCUGUGCAUACUGCAUAUUGGGCUUAAUGCAUGUCAUCCAAGAUAAGCCUGUGCACAGGUUAAUAAGGGAAGAAACUUUCCGCUUUUAAAAGAAUUGCUUGUACUAAGGAAGUCUCUUUUAAAUUGAUAUGAGUUUAGGCAGAAAGUGUUCUUCCUGAUUGGACGUGGUGUUUUGCAUAAUUUAAUGAGGGACAACACUUUCUGCACAUGCAUUAAGCCCGGUUUUCCAUUGAAGCCAUACUUGUUUACUUACACGUCUUUAAAUAUAGUAACUCGCACAGUGGUAACAUUGAGGUUCAACAAAGUUCUAUUUAUUAUUUAUAUUAUUAUGCCCCCCUUCAAAGAAGAGGGGUAUAUUGUUUUGCAUAUGUCGGUCGGUCCGUCCGUCGGUUCCGUCCACCAGAUGGUUUCUGGAUGAUAACUCAAGAACGCUUAGGCCUAUGAUCAUGAAACUUCAUAGGUACAUUGAUCAUGACUGGCAGAUGACCCCUAUUGAUUUUCAGGUUACUAGGUCAAAGGUCAAGGUCACAGUGACUUGAAAUAGUAAAAUGGUUUCCGGAUGAUAACUCAAGAAUGCUUACGCCUAGGAUCAGGAAACUUCAUAGGAACAUUGAUCAUGGCUGGCAGAUGACCCCUAUUGAUUUUCAGGUCACUAGGUCAAAGGUCAAGGUCACAGUGACUCGAAACAUUAAAAUGGUUUCCAGAUGAUAACUCAAGAAUGCUUACGCCUAGGAUAAUGAAGCUUCAAAGGAACAUUGAUCAUGACUGGCAGAUGAACCCUAUUGAUUUUCAGGUCACUAGGUUAAAGGUCAAGGUCACAGUGUCUCGAAACAGUAAAAUGGUUUCCGGAUGAUAACUCAAGAAUGCUUACGCCUAGUUAGUUUAGUUGUGGCCAAUUUCUCUAGUGCAUUUAUAGUAUGUCGCCGCUAUAACAAAAUUUGUCUCAUUUUUCAUUUACAUAAAAAAUCACUGUGAUCAGGAUGAGGGGUGUUCUGGUGCAAGUCCACUGAUUAGAAAAAAGCUCAUUUAAGAUAACUUUUUCCCAUUAAUUUAAUCAUAUGAACAAAAUCAUAUAAAUUAUAGUAACAUACUUUAAUAAAAUUGAGAAAUAAUAAUCAUAAGACACUUAGACACUUAAUGACUCAUUAAAAAAUUUCAACUUUCAAUUUCACUUUGGGAAAAGGUCCAUUUAAAGAAUCAAUAGAUAAUGCAAGAAAAAUGCCUGAUCAGUGAUGCUAAAACACAUGACUUGCUUCAGAGUAAAGAAAAUACGACUGUUUGGAGAAAAACUUAUAACCCUAUUGCGUAUUUUUGGUCUCUCAUGAAAAUACUUUGAUGGCCUAAGAUAUUGUUAGUAUGUUGUGAUUUUGUUACCUAUUUCUGUAAACUGUAUGUACUAUAGACAUUUGUAUGGUUGUUGAGGACCAAGGAUGGAUAUAUAUAAUUUUUUGUAAAAUGGCAUGGUCCUUUAUUUUCCUUGGUUCUUUUAUGAUGCCCUGCAUCAACAAAUAAGCCUUCCUCUGGAAAAACGGGGCUUAAUGCAUGUGUGUAAAGUAUAGGAUCAGAUUAACCAGUGCAGGCUUAAUGCAUGUGUGUAAAGUAUGGGACCAGAUUAACCAGUGCAGGCUUAAUGCAUGUGUGUAAAGUAUGGGAUCAGAUAAACCAGUGCAGGCUUAAUGCAUGUGUGUAAAGUAUGGGCUCAGAUUAACCAGUGCAAGCUUAAUGCAUGUGUGUAAAGUAUCGGAUCGGAUUAACCAGUGCAGGCUUAAUGCAUGUGUGUAAAGUAUGGGAUCAGAUUAACCAGUGCAGGCUUAAUGCAUGUGUGUAAAGUAUGGGAUCAGAUUAACCAGUGCAGGCUUAAUGCAUGUGUGUAAAGUAUGGAAUCAGAUUAACCAGUGCAGGCUAAGCAGGAAAGACACUUUCUGCUUUGAUGGAAUUUUUGUUAAAAGGAAGUUUCUUAGAGAAAAUCCAGUUGAGGCAAAAAGUGUUGUCCCUGAUAGUUUUGUGCUGACUUCACUGGAUAAUAUGGAACGACACUCUGGGCCCAGAGUGCAGGUCAAAUGUUGUUUGGUAGGGCUGUCACGAUUCACCGGUAUACCGGUAUAUCGCGGUGCAUGUAGUGAAAAAAAUCGCACCGCGGUACGGCGUUGUCGCACCGGUUUUUUUAAUAUUAUAAUAUUAGCACAGAUAUAAAUACAUUACAUAAUUAUUUUGAUAUAGAUAUCGUUUUGAAAAAUGUAGAAGCGGUUCAAAAGGGCUAAAUAAAUAAUCCGUUAAUAUCCAGGUCAAGCAAGCGCUUCCACUUGUAGAUGUUUAACUUUCACGUUUAAAAUACGGCGAUGUAUGGGUCCGUACCUUUUUUAGAAUAAGGGACAGAUUUCCUUUGCAAAUAAGUUCAUAAUUAUCCAAAAGAUGUUUAUUCUAUUUCUUAUUUUCUUUCUUUAGUAUAUCGAUCGUUCAAAGCAUGGCACUUCCGAAUCAUGUUAUCUUAAGAUUCUGAAUAAGUCGAGGAAGAGUCAGAACGCUACGGAUUUUCAAUACUGGGUCCGUUGACUCCCCAUUUUGAACAUGCCCUUGAAGCGUUCGAUUUACACAGAUCGUAGUCACAGCUAUUGUAAACAACAUGGCGGACAUUUUAGAAAAAGACGCGAACAAUAACAUUAUAACAAUGACUACUUCUAUCAAGUUUAUUACAGUUUCUUUUACAGUUUCUAGUCAUACUAUGAUACCAGUGUUUUUUGAUUAUUGAGUUUAAUAAAGUUUGUAAAACUUGUUAUUCUGCUGUUUUCUUCACAGAUACAUAUUCUGUAAAAUAUCGCGGUACGUACCGCGAUACAGUGUUGCCGUACCACGAUAUACCGCGGUACGCUCAUGGCGUAUCGUGACAGCCCUAUUGUUUGGUGCUCGGUUUUAAUGGGGCAAAUAAGCAUAUUCUGACUCUCUCGAUUGAUAGAACUUGGGAUUAACUUGCUUAACUGAUCUCUGAUUUUCUGUAUUGUAAACAAAUACAUUUUUAGCUCCCCCAAAUUUUUUUUAGGGGGAGCAUAUAGUCGCCGCUUCGUCUGUCCAUUUUCCAUGUACUGUACAUAUAGUGCAAUUUUUGUCCGGGCUAUUUCUCAGCAACUAAUGACUGGAAUUCAAUGAAACUUUAUGGGAAGCUUCACUACCAAGAGGAGAUGUGCAUAGUAUCAGCCGGUUCUCGUCGGAUGAUUUUUCACAGAGUUAUGGCCCUUUGAAAUUUUCCAUUAACUGUACAUAUAGUGCAAUUCUUGUCCGGGCUAUUUCUCAGCAUCUAAUGACUGGAAUUCAAUGAAACUUUAUGGGAAGCUUCACUACCAAGAGGAGAUGUGCAUAUUUACAGCCGUUUCUCGUCGGAUGAUUUUUCACAGAGUUAUGGCCCUUUGAAAUUUUUAAGUUUCUAAACCAUCCAUCGUAUUAUUUUGUCCAAAGUUAUGCCCCUCAAGACAAUUCCUUUUAUCUGAAUAUAAAGUGCAAUAUUGUGACAAAAAAAAACUUUGGGGAGCAUCACCCGUCCCCGACGGUUUCUUGUUUUGUAUUGUCUGUAUUGUAAACAAUUACAGGUAGGAUGCUAAUAUGGGCUAUACAUUUAAAUUGUUGUUUGAACCAUUUUUAUAUAAAAUACAGCACUGAGCAGCAUUGAAAUAUUGAAUCCAUUAUUGUUUGAUGUCAUGUUUUAUUGAUAGUUAUGGAUUCCAGUUUCAGUGGAGUGUAUCCCAUUUGACAACUGAUAUCAAUCCUUUUGUUCUGAUUGGACAUUGUAACAAACCCAUGCCAUAUGUUCGCAAUUGUGCGAUAUUGAAACAGUAGAUUGUGGUAUAAAGGUACUAUUAUCAUGUUAAGAGGUAAACAUCACCAUGAAAUAAAAUUUGAUGUAUUUGUGCUUGGACAGGAAGUUUCCUUUGUUUUACUCCUACUGUAUAUUGAGGAGAACUACUGUAAAAAAAUGUAUCACAAGCUAUUCCCUGUUUCCCAUGUAAUACAACCAUUACAUUUUUUUUUUAAUUUUACAUGUGUAAUACAACAUUUUUAAGCGCUUGCAUUGGCUUAGUUUUUGUUUAUUGACCAAUUGCAUUUUGUUAUUUUGCUGAAAUGACGUUGCAACGUCAAAUGACGUCACGAAAUUUAAACAACAUUCGGGAUUAAUCAUUAUGUUUGCGUAAAUAUUUAUCUAAUCCGCUCAUUUAAAAGCAUGUGAUAAAAAAGAUCUGACACUCGUUGUCAUAUCAUACCAUAUUUUAUUAAACUUGUCCAGGAAAUUGGUUAGUGAGCUCGCCAAAGGCGCGCUUACUAACAAAAUUCCUGAACUCGUUUAAUAAAAUAUGGUAUGAUAUGACAUUUCGUGCCAGAUCCUAUAUGUAUGUUCAUGAAAUUUUUCCAGUUGUUGUUUUUUUUCUCAAAAAAAAAAAGAACUUUUGUUAGGAAAAAACAUCAUAAAUUUUGCAGGUCAUCUGAUGUGUUUGUGUUUAAAUUGUGGAUAAGUCAACACACGAAAUCAACGAAAAAUUAGUGCCCCACAAAUAGUUAUGAUUUUACAGUAUUACUGCUUGAAAAUCCAUGGUUACAACUCUUACGACACAGAAUGUAUUAAAAGGAUAUUUUAGCAAACAAAACAUCAUUAGUUACACUGUUAGUAACUGAUGCUAAGCUCUCGUAUGGUAUGAAAUUACUGAGGGUGUAUAUCCCAUACACCAUCAGUUACUGUGUAACAAUUAUAUCUCAACCAACUUCUUGAUAACUCCAGGUGUAUGGAAAUUACUCGGUGUGUAUGGAAAAUACACCAAGCCAAUUGGAUUAGGUCAUUUUUGUAGGAGGUGAGAUAUUAGUAGAUAUCCUUAUAUUGUGAAUGUAUGUGGAUGUAAUGCAUAUUAUAACUCAAAAUUAGCCAGAGAAAUAUCAUCUGAUGCGUAGCACUAGCGACAUUAUAGACUGAAAAUAUUUUUUAUAUUAAAUUCAAUUCCUUGACAACUUCUAAUCACAACCUUGAAGCUAUCAAACAUAAAUUUUAAACAGGUACUGGAAAAAUUACCAUACUUGAAAACUGGUCAUUUCGUGUUCUGAGGAUACAUGUAUCAAAAUGUGUAAUGAUUUUUUUAACGUUUUAUAUUGAACCCAUACAAAUGGACAACAGCAAGCAUUCAAUUAAUUUAUUUCAAGACAUGUGUUGAUAUUUAAGAUGUAUUUUACAAGUUGUCAUGAAUCAAUGUUAGUUAAAUGUUAAUAAAUGGAAUGGACUAUGGUUUUGUUGACUGUGCAAUACAGCAUUAUUUAAUAAUUGUUUGUGUUUGGUAUUUAUUCAAUUGUUGAUGUAUACCUUGUGUCUCUGUACAUGCAUGUUUCUUGUGAGGAUGUGGCAUCGCUAAGCGGCUAAUAUGUACUCGUGUCUAAAUCAGACAAACUAUUUUAAUGUUACAUGCAUUAGCGACUAAUAUGUAUUCGUGUCUUAAUCUGACAAACUAUUUUAAUGUUACAUGCAUUCAUGUCAUAUAAAAAUCUCUAAAUAAAUUUUAAGCAAUC